AUGGAUACGAGUAAUGCGGAAUCGGAUGAUCGUUCCCGAGUCCUUCAAGCAACUCUAGAUGAGAUAUCCUCUCGUACCGAUGAUGCAGCUAUCGAGGACAACUGCUGCGUUAUCUGCCUCGACCGAAUCACCGAAGUCGCCAUAGCCCAACCUUGCCAGCAUGAAAGUUUCGAUUUCCUCUGCUUGAUCAGCUGGUUGCAGGAACGAUCAUCCUGUCCUUUAUGCAAGACUGAAGUCAAAGUCGUUCAUUACGAGUUCAAGGACAAGGACGCUUUGGCAUUCAAAACAUAUACUGUCGCGUCCACGAAGCCCGUCGAACAAUCAACUUCAAACCCUUUAGGGCCACGUCCGUUUGCCCCUCGCUCAAGAAGACCAUAUACCACAAGACGACCGUAUAACAACACCCCACGCCCUCGACCUACUCCUAACGAAGCUAUCCUUCGUCGCCGUCACAUAUAUGCAAACAAUCUCUACUCCCUCCACGUUGGCUCCAACCGGCACUCCCGCUUUCGAAACUUAACACCCCAACUCUUCACUAGCGACGCCGAGCUCCUCUCUCGAGCAAGGAAAUGGAUCCGUCGUGAGCUGCAAGUCUUUGAAUUCCUCACACCCGACGCAGCAGCUUCAUCUUCCGACCGACGAGCCAAUAACGCCGAGUUCCUGCUGGAAUAUAUAAUAGCGAUUCUGAAAACAGUCGAUAUGCAAGGGAGCUGUGGACAGGCGGAGGAUAUGCUGCAGGAGUUUUUGGGCAGAGAGAAUACGAGGUUGUUUCUGCAUGAGUUGAGGGCUUGGCUGAGGAGUCCGUAUACAUCUCUUGAGGAUUGGGAUAGAAAUGUGCAGUACAACGAGGUCGGUGAUGUCAAAGAGGGGGAAAGGUCAGUGGAGCCAGGAAGAGGAUCCAGGGGCACGCACGGUUCGAAUCCUAGAUAUCGAGGUAGUGGGCGGUCUUAUUGUCGCACUUCCCAGCAGUAUGACGAUCGACGGUUUUCUCCUUAUCACCACCGGCACAGGCAGGCAACAUCGGAUGGUUGA